AUGUACUACCGUUGCAGAUAUGGGCGAGAGUUACGACGUGACAAUAACAUUACGAACGGAGAAUUCCAAUUAGAUAAGCCGACUGGGGCCUCGGAGCACGUGUCCAAUGGACGGGCGGCCGCUAGUGUCAAUAAUAUUAUGUGCUGCGGCAUCCUCCCGAUUAAAAAUAGCGCGGGCAAACGCUGUCUCGUGCGGGGCGCCGCGCUAUCGCGGGGUUAUCGCUGGGCGGGAAGAUUCCACCGCAAACAGCGGGGAUGCAGGGCUGCCCGCGGCGUGCAGGGCUGCCACCGCCUUACUUGUCCAAGGGCCGAUGCAACGCCCGUCCACGCGCGUCUGCGUGGU